AUGCUGUGGCUCUCCCUGCUGUCUGUGGUGGUCCUGGGUUGUGUGACCCUGACCCAGACACACACUCACACACACACCCCGACGCCCACCUCCACACACACCCCUAUGGUGGACAGUUCGGAGGAGGAGGUGGACGAACCGUGCUUCGAGCCGUGCACGUGCGAGGUCAAAGAGGGCGUGUUGCACGUGCACUGUGAUGGGCGGGGCUUCACUAACGCCAGCCAGGUGUCUCAGUCUUGGCUCCGCCCCUUCAAGCUCAACCUGCAGAGGAACUCCUUGAGGCGUCUCUAUAGCAACGGCUUCCUGCACCAUAGCAAUGCCGUGGCGAUAAACCUAGGCAACAACGCGCUGCAGGACAUCCGUCCCGGGGCGUUUCAUGGUCUGGGGACACUGAGACGCCUCUACCUCCACGAGAACAAACUGGAGGUGUUCCGCAACGACACCUUCUCUGGCCUGGAGGCACUGGAGUACCUGCAGGCCGACUACAAUGUCAUCAAACGCAUCGACAGUGGGGCGCUACGCUACCUGCAUAAAUUACGAGUGCUCAUCCUCAACGACAACCUGAUCCCUGCUCUGCCUCCUCACCUCUUCAGAUCUGUGUCUCUGACCCACCUGGACCUGCGGGGGAACCGUCUGAAGAGCCUGGCCUACGCCGGGACCCUGGAGUACGUGGGCCGCAGCCUGAUGGAGCUCCAGCUGGAGGAGAACCCCUGGAUCUGUGGCUGUGAGGUUGUCCAGUUGCAGACGUGGCUGGGACACAUCCCUUACACCGCAGUGGUGGGGGACAUCACCUGUGAAUACCCCUUCCACCUGCACGGGAAAGACCUGAGGGAGAUACCACGCAAAGAACUGUGUGCCGGAGAGGUGGAGGGAGAGGGGGAGAAGGAGGGAGAGAGGGAGAAGCCCAGACCCACCAAGCCGUCCUCCAUGGUUCACCAUCAGAACACACAUACCUCAUCUUCGUCGACUUCUUCCUCAUCGGUGGAGCGGAGGGAGAGAGAGAGGUCCCCUCGGCCCACCAAGCGUCCCCGACCCUCCAGGACGCCCCCCACCCAGCGUAGCCUCCUCCCCAACCAGCCCCCUCCCAUCGCAGGGUACCAGACCCGCCCCCCCAUCCCUAUCAUAUGUCCUCUGGGGUGCACCUGUAACCUCCACAUCUCAGACCUAGGACUGACAGUCAACUGUAAGGAGAGCGGCUUCCACAACGUGUCCCAGCUCAUGCCACGCCCCCUCAACGGACGGAAGCUGUACCUCAGCGGCAACCUCAUCCAGCGGAUCUAUAAGUCAGAUUUCUGGAAUUUUUCCAGUCUGGAUCUACUUCACCUGGGAAACAACCGGAUCUCCUUUAUUCAGGAGGGAGCGUUCUCCAGCCUGCCGACCCUGAGGAGUCUCUACCUGAACGGCAACAACCUGCAGAGGCUUAGCCCACACAUGUUCCUGGGUCUACUUAACCUCAGGUACCUGUACUUUGAGUACAAUGAGAUCGGUGUGGUGGAGGCGGGAGCGUUCAGCCCCAUGCCGUCUCUCCAGCUGCUCUUCCUCAACGCCAACCUGUUGAGGUCACUUCCUGUCGGAGUGUUCCAGAGCAUCUCCCUCUCCCGCCUCAACCUGCGCAACAACCACUUCCUCAGCCUGCCUGUAGAGGGGGUGUUAGAGCACCUCACUGGACUGGUGCAGGUGGACCUGCAGCAGAACCCAUGGGAGUGCAGGUGUGAUGCGGCCCCUCUGAAGCGCUGGCUGGAGGGCCUGAGUGCGGUGGUGGUGGUGGGGGAGGUGGUCUGUCACUCACCAGAAGAGACCACAGGUACAGACCUUCGCUCUCUUUCCCUGGACCUCCUCUGUCCAGACCUGGACACCCACCAGGCCACGGUGGAGAACCAUGGAGAGUGGAACAGCUCCACAGCCCCAGACGGUGAUUUCUCUCUGGGCUACCCCGUGCCAGGCAAUGGCCCCCUGGGUCCCAUCACCAAGGCUUCCAUCCCUCUGUCGGUGUUGGUGCUCAGCCUGCUGGUGCUGUUCGUGUCGGCGUUCUUUGCGGCAGCAGCGCUGAUCGCCUAUGCCCUGAGGAGGCGGGACAAGCUGCCGUUCCGGCGGCAGGGUGAGGUGGAUCUGGCCGGGAUUCAGAUGGAAUGUGGAAUAUUCACCGAGCAGCAGCACCACAGGUUACCGGUACCAAAGACCCCUCCUCCAUCUGCCUUGCAUCAUAGCCUCGUCUACGAUAGCAUCCUCCCCGUCGACCCUGGCCCUAACCCUAACCUCAGUCCCUCAACACACAUGUGCAGUAGCCCAGUCUAUAAGAAUGAGGAUGAUUCAGUGGUGAGGCAACAACAGCAGCAGUUCUCUGCUUCUAAAGAGAAAGGUAACGUGGGAAGAUACCGCUUGGCGGGGGAGAGAGAGAGCGAAGGACACUAUCGUUUGGUGGCAGAGAGAGAGAGAGAAUGGAAUAUGGAGGUGUCCCCCCCCUCCAUCAGUACCGUUGCCGGGGCAGUGGGACCCCCUCUUUCAGAUCUCCACGGAAACGGGACCCUCUGCCCAACGGUCAUAGACAGCCAGGGCCCCACCCCCAAGGUGGGAUUGGUUGACUGCCUGUUUGGGAUCUCCGGAAUGUCCGCCCCCGUCCCAGAGUUCCGAGACCUGCCGGACAGGUAUACACGUCCCCCACCACCCCGCUAUCCCCACCCUCCACAACCCCCUCAGCCCCCCGAACCCAAAGAGGAAACUAGACCCAGCCAAUCACUCGUGGUUACUACAAUGACAGUGUGCGCGGGGCCAAGCAGUAGUAAUCAGAGCCAGAACUCAGAGUUUCCGCGAGAGUUGAGAAUGAGACUCAGUACCAAGCCGGAUUACAUGGAAGUCCUGGACAGAUCUUAUCAGUUCUAA